CGCACCAACAACUCCUUGUGACUCAAAUGGCGCCAAACGGAAGUAAGUCUUUUAAAGUAUUAAUUUAAAGGAAGUCACCAUAGCAACGACAAUGGCGGUAAGUAAAAUUAACGGAAAUCGCUAGACCGGAAGUCGACGCACUCUCACAGAUGCUGUGCAUCGUCUCUGCUCCUUAAUACAAGUUUUAUUAUUAUGUAAAACUUGUACUAUUUCUUUUUGCCAUUCUAUAUAGUAUUAUGGUUAUAAAUGUUAUUAUGGUUACUUGGUACUUUAGAAAGAUAAAAGAACUGAGUUUUAGGCUCUAUAGCUUUCAAAACCGAGACAUAAAAAUGAUUGUGGUUUGAAUUUGUAAUAAAAAGAAAAAAACUUGUUAUUUUUAAUGUUUAAUUUCUGAAGAAAUCAGGAAUUUCUCAAAAAAGUUAUGUUCAUCCUAUUAGAAAGGGUAAAAAGGCCUUUGUUACAAUCUCUCACUCGUCCGUUGUAGCGGUAACAGUCAUCUCAUCAGUCCUAUAAUUAUAGCACAAUACUUAUGGCACAAUGAAACUGUUUUUUCGGUAAAUCAAAUCACCAAUAUUAUUUCCAUUAACAAAUUUGAAAAUACCUAUUCAUUUUUGUAAAAUACAAUUUAAUAAAAAUCGUUAAAAUAAAAUGUAUCCGAACUCAUGACGUUAGCGCACUCAAUUUUUUGACGUCACUGACAUGUGUAUGACAAAAAUGGUGCCCGUUUACCAGCUGGCAUUUAUUCUUUAGCGGAAAAAUAUAAUUUUAGUGCGAAACAUUUUAGUAUGGCGACUGUUCUUGAUUUAGUGAAGCAUUAUCAACAUGCAAUUGAAAAAUAUCCCAACGACGAACAAAGAGUUUUAAAGAGUAUAGACAAGUUAUUCAAUCUUGAUGUGACUGUACAACAUCUACAAGAUACUGGAGUAGGCAGGACUGUUAAUGCGCUGCGCAAGGAACCAGGAAAUGUAGGGCAAGCUGCUCGUGCACUUGUGUGCAAAUGGAAACUUAUGGUAGCAGCAGAGGAAAGUGACCAUGAUGGAGACCAAAACCCUGACACUAAUAAUUAUAAUGGGCAUGAUAAUGGAAGAGAUUCUGAUGACAAUGUUAAAAAAAGUUCAAAUAACAAGCAAGACUAUAAUGAGAGAGCUUUGUCUAAGGCAAAAUCUGAAUAUAAACAAGAAAAUGGGCAUCACAGUGGAAAUAAAAGGAAAAAUCACAGCAGUGAGGAGGAAGAACCAGAUGUAAAAAAAAGUAAAAGCUCCAGCAGCAAUCAUUACAAUCAACAAAAAGCAAAUAUGCAAAUAAAAAGGGAGUCUACUGAAUCUGGAACUGAUGAUUCUAGUGAUCAAUCGCACAGUGAAUCUGAUAUGUCUGAAUAUUCUGAGGACGAAAAACCUACAAAAAAACAAGUGAAACAAGAGCAAUCAGAUCACUACAAAUCUAAACACUCUUCUUCUUAUAAAGAUUAUGGAGACCACAGAAAAGAUUCUUCUAGCUCAAAACAAACACAUGAUUCUGAAAAACAUGGGAAAAGUAGAAGUCAUUCAGAAUCUAUUGAGACAACAUCAUCUGAAAAAACAUCAACAAAAGAAAAAUCUCAUAGUUCAUAUAAAAGUAAAAGUUCAAAGGAUAAGGAAAACAGCACAGAAAAGAGUUCCAAGACAGACCACAGUUCAUCAGGAAAAGAUAAACACAAAGAAGAGCCUAGUUCCUCAAAACACAGAAGUAGUUCUGAUAAACAUAAAUCAUCAAAAUCUGAUAGUAGUAAUGAAAAACACAAUAGUAGCUCUGAUAAGUACUCUGAGAAAACUGAAAAGAUCAAAAGCUCCAGUUAUUCCCACAAAUCAGACAAGGACAAAAGUAAGAGCUCUUCAGGAAAAGAAACAUCUAUUGAAAAAGAAAAGUGUAAAGAAAGUCGUAGUUCUAAGGAAAAACAUAGUUCCUCUAGUAAAGAAAGGUCAAAAGAUAGAAGUAGUUCUUCUAAAGAGAAGUCAGAGAAUAGUCAUAAGAGUGAGAAAAAACAUUCAUCUAGUGAUAGUAAAUCAAAGCAUAGUGAGAAGAAGCAUAAGUCUGAAAAAAAAGAUGAAAGCAACAGUGAAUCUAAAUCAAAACACAAGUCUAGUUCAUCUUCGUUGCAUGCAAGCAAAUCCAGCAAAGAUAAGUCGAAGGAGGAUAUACCAAAGAAAAAACCCGAGCGCAGUGCCGACAGCGAUGAUGGCAUCAACUGUGAAUCAGGUGCCAGUUUUGCUGAAGCCUUGGGCAUGAUAAGUCCUGUAAAGCCGAAAAAGAAAGUUAAAUCUCAAUUGAAAGAUGUGGUUUCACCAAAUUUAUCGAACAGUGAUGAUCUUAGCCCAGCAUCGCUUCUGGCGCCCACAGCGAAGUUAGCGCCAUUACCAGCUCUGGAAAUAUCAGCGUUGCCGGAGAUCUCGCCAAACUAUAAACCGCGGCCCCCACCUAAACUGUUACCGCACUUCACGGAAGAGGAAGCCAUGAGUGCUGUCAUAUCUUCGAAGAAUCAGAGAACGAAGGUGUACUCUGGUAAUAAGGUUAUAGGGAAGAUCCCAACCUUAUACGAGAUGUGUGUACAAGUUCUACAGGAACACAUAGAUGCCCUUGAAUACACGGGCGGCGUGCCAUAUGAUAUCUUAAAACCCGUUGUGGAUAGAGCCACUCCACAACAAUUGUUCAUGCUAGAACAUUAUAACCCGUACCUGAUGGAAGACACCGAUCACCUGUGGCACAAGUUCUGCGAGAAAAACUUCAGAAGCAAACAGAGGCAGGAGUUGGAGACGUGGCGGGAAAUGUAUAUGAGGUGUCAAGAGGAACAAGAGCAUCGGUUAAAGUCACUCACUGCCAAUAUUAAAAUAGCCCAAGAGAAAGCUAAAGCGCCCAUAAAACAAACGAAGAUGGCUUACGUGGACACAGUCGUCAAACCGCCACGGAAUGUUGCCCGUAAACAGGCAUUGCACGGCACCGCAUUUGCUGCGUCCGCGAGCCCGGCGGCGAGAGUUUCAUCACUAGCGAGCGCGCCCAACGUGAUGCGUGGCAACACGCGGCCCACACUCGCCGCGCCGCAAGCUUUCAACAACAAGCCCAAGAAGGCGCCGCUCAUGCAGAAGGCGCUGCAGUUCAUGCGCGGCCGCAAGCGAUGAUGACGCCGCGUCUGCACCCGCGACCGUACUGAUGCUGCGUACCGUACCUUCAAUCUGAACAACAUGAAAUUCCGCAAACACUAUCGGCCGCAUUCAAAGACGUCAAUUAGUUUUAAUAGUUGUCAAAGUGACUAGUUCUCAUUCUAUUGCUACCACCAAUAACCUGAACUAUAAUCAAACUUAAAAAUUAAUUGACGCCUCUGAGCAAGGCCUAUAGAGUGAUAUGUUACGCUCAAAGACGGAAAAUUUUCAUUCGUUAUGUUGUUACUGUAAAAUGUCCAAAUUGCAAAAUUCGAUAAUAUCAAUAUUUUACAUCACCCGUUCUGGCAUGAAUAAAUAUGUGCAUUGAACGUGCGAACUAUGUAGCGCACGUUCGAAGCAGAAAAGUUAAGUGAGUAUGAUUUUAUCAAACAAAUUUUCGGCCUUUGCGCGUAACGAGUAAAGUAUAAUUUGAAAUAAAACUAAUGUUUGCUUUCUAUCCCGAAUAUUUGUCACUUAAUGAUUUUAAAUAAACAUUCGAGUUUUUAAUAAUAUUGUAUAUUUACCCGAAUUUAAAAAGACUUAGACAUUAAUUUAAGUACUUAUAAAAUACUUUUUGUAUUUGUUCCCUAUCUAAGGAGCAUCUGUAUAAUUUUCUAUACAUAUUUGCAAUAAGUUCAUUUGGAAUUUAGCUAUAUCGUAAUAAAAACUCGAAUGCGUUUUUAUUGUUUUAACAAGAGAUCAUGAAAUGUCGACAUAUUUUAUGUGAUGAGCGUCAACAAAAACAAAACAAUUUUGAUGAUGUAGCUAUUAGUAAUAAACAAUAGUUAUAUAUAAUAAAUCUGUUUUAUUACUAUCAGUGAAGUACUAUAUUGUUAUGUGGUAUUUUUCGAAUAUAAGUGAUUAAGUGUAUUGAUUAGUUAUGAGACCAUUUUUGUGCUUUUCCUUCUGGUGUUGUUUUAUACUUUAAACCCUUAUUAUGUUUGAUUUUUUAUGGUUUGAUAUUUAAAUUAUCUUAUAUCUGGUAUGCCCUUAUACAUCUCGGGGAUGUAUAAUCAAUCUUUCAAUGUGCCUACUAUAAACAAUUUUAAGUAAAGUUAUAUCUUGUUUAAUUUAAUUACCAAAUGAUAUUUUUUCAUUUUGUCUGAAAAUUUCUUCGCAAACCAUCCAAAGAGUGCUUUACUAAACACAAUAAAUGAAUUUUCAAUUACAUAUGUAAAUGUGCUAAUACUUUCGGGCAAGUAUUUGUACUAUUGCAAACGUAAUUCACAUACUUAACACUUUCAAGAACAAUUAAAGAUUAUAAUUUUCAACCACCUGGAAGUUUUCGCACACACGUUGUAUUAUGGAUAGCGAACAUCAUGCCGGGUCGCAGCGCAUAAAUUCGCCCGAAUGUGUUUUAUAUGAACUAUCGCAAACUGCCGGGGAGAAGUGGCCCGCAUAAUCCGCCCCGGAUUUUGUAUGCUAUAGCAAGCGGAUUGAAGCACGGAUGUCUUGCAGGGCUGAGUAUAGAAUCUGCGCUCCACGUUUAACCGAUGUCAAUUUUGACAUAAGUUCCAUAGAUUUUAUGUCAAAAUUGAAACAUCGGUAAAAAGUUGCACUCAGAGCGUAGGUUUUGAACGUAGCCCAGUACUUUGUACCCAAAUUCCGUCAAUGCGCUGCGAUUCGGCCCGUCACUAAUGUGCUAAAUAUGCAAUACACGAUACGCUGCGGCCCGGCAUUAUGCGAGAUCCUUUAAUGCAUUAGGACGGCCCGUCAUUGAAUCCUCUAUUCUAUUAGUUCAAUCAGGUCUUAACAUAAAUAUUAUAAUCUAAAUGAUAUUUUGGUUAUUCUGUUUGUAUAAAUAUUAGUUAAACAUUGAAAUUGUUUGAAUAUAUUGGAAAAUUACCUACCAAUAUGUAUAUCGCUACGCUUUUAUGAUCUCAAUUGUACUACUGUAGUAGCUGCUACUAUAUUGUGUAUAUAUUAGUGAAAAUAGUUUCCAAGUUCUCUUUGAAUAUGUAUGAAUACAUAAAAUAUUUAUUUAUAUACAAAUAAAUACGUGUUUUAAUUCCCUUUCGUUGUGAUGUACAAUGUUAUUUUGAGAGUUGAAUACUAAUGAUAAUUGAAAAUAGUUGCCAAAAGCGUAGUCAGUCGUCGUAAAAAGGAGGAGACACGAGUUACCUACAAAGGAGAGUUACUAUGUGCGCAAUAUGCAACAAUAUUAUAUCCAUAGUCCAAUGUUUCAAGAUUCUAUACGAUGCGAAGGCGAUUACCAGUUUUACCAUUUUUUUUAACUUAUAAAUACUAAUUCAUAAUUAAACUGCAAAACAACAUAAUAAUAUGAUGUAUCUAUUGAGUACAGACGUCAUAUCAGUCAAACAAUUUAUAUUAAUUUAAACCAGUAACUGUGACCAAUAUUUUCUUCGAUAUUAGUUCCUGUUUUUGACCAAAAAUUGCAGUUUACUGAUAAAUAUGUAAAUAUAAAAUGUAUGUGUAUGUAUAUAUAUAUAUAAUAUAGAACAAAUUAGAAUUUGAUCUUACCAUAAUUUUAAUGAAGUAACUUUGUAAUGUACCCUAGUACUCUAAAAUACGUGAACCAAUGCAGUUUGCCGUAUAUUUGGUGGUAAUUCACGUCACGACUGUAGUUUAAGUAGACACAUUUAUAUAAUGAAAUUUUCAGUUACGCAGGGCAUCACUCGAGUCAUUUACAGAAUAAUUAGAAUAUCGACCUACUUGAAUUCAAGAGUUAAAAAUAGUUACAAAAUUGCCAGAGUACAAUUGCUGUUAAAUAUAUGUAAUGUAAAUCUACCACCUGCAAUGCUAUUUAAAUUCGUGUGAUUAUUCUAAUCCUAUUUUUUUUUAAUGUAAUAACCAAAUGCCUGAGCAAUAGGCCGAGUGAUGAGCUAAACUGGCUGGAUUUGGGAUUUUUGUCAUACGAUAUUGAACUUUUUAUGAAUGAUGUCUAUACCCGAUUCUGAUGCAGGUUGCUGUGAUAUGUUUGAAUUAUGAUAAUUCUUAUUACAAUGCUAAGUUUAAACAAUAUCGAUUCGUUAUCAUCAUUUAAAUAGAAUUAAAUAUAAAGAUCUAUGUUAUAGAGGUCCAUCAAUAUUUAGCAACUUAUUUAAAAUAGGACAUACGACGCCUUAUAGAAGAAUGAUUAAAAGCAUUUUCUGCAUACACUGUGCUGUCGCCAGUCUGUCUGCUAAUUUUAAAAGUUAGAUCAAUAAAGACCCAAUAGAUGGCAUUAUUAACUAACAUGACAAUGUUAUAGCUCAAGGAAAACUUAUAAUGCGAGAGUGAUUAAUACCACUUCUAACAAAGCGUUUUUAAAGCAAUGACUGUUUAUGUCUACUUUACAUUAAUGUUUAUUUAAUAACAUUCUAUACUAGAACAACUUUUCAAUUUGAACCGUUUUUAUACCAGUACAUUUUUAAGUUUCUUUAGAUAAGAUCACAUAUUCAUUGAAUAUUUCAUGAUCACUAGUUACCACAAAAUGGUAAUGUUGGUGAAGGUAUUAACAUGCACCUAUUUAGAUAAUACAUACUAUGAUCAUUUAUAUUGAAUAACAUUGUAAAUCCAAUCCAACACAUCUUUGUUUUUCAUGAACAUAUUUUUUACUGUGAAUUAUUAAGUAUACGAAAAUGGCAAAAUAAUUUAAUAAAUAUAAAUUUUAUUGAUUUACAUUAAAUAAUAAUGUAUUUAAAAUAAAUAUUGUAAUUAUUUCUCAAUUUGAUUUUGCAGUUUCCCAAAAAUGUCUUGGUAUCUUUCGCCAUAUCGUCAUAACAUUAUUCAAAUUAUAAAUGUUUAGUGUUAAAAUAAUUUUGAAUAAGAAUAUAUGUAUGAGCGUUCAAAUAAAUACAUAAUGGUAUUUUUGAAUUGAUUUAAAUAAAACCAGACUGUCACAUAACCAUGUUUUAUUGAGUGCAUCUAUGGUAUUUGAGCAUAAAUUAUUCAUUAUGCUGUAAACCAUAGACAUAAUAAGUUCUAUAUUAGUAUAAAUAAGAUGUAAAUUGUAAUUAACAUGUUAACAAGUUUUGUUAUCAAUCUGCAAGCAAACAUUUAAAAAAACUGUUUGUUUCAGUUCAGUUUGAAGAAAAUAAUUUGUUCUAACAAGUUUUCAUUAGUGGUACCUUGGCAAUUAAUAAUUUUUUUUAAAUAAGUAUGUCCAUCAUAGAAUAUUUUGGUUAGAACAAAACAACAAAACUCUGUCGUAAGACAGUUUAGUAUAGCACAACAUCAAUAUUCCUAAAUUUUGAUUUUAAUUGUUUCAUAUAAUCUGUGUUAAUGAUACGAGGACAUUGAUAAACAGCUAAAAACUUUAAAUUUUUAUAAUAUUCUGAAAUCACAUCUACGAUUAUAGGUGAAAUAUUUCCAAUUCUAGACAAGCUAAGGCUUUGUAAUUUAAUCAAAUGAUUACUACUAAGAGUUCUCAACAAAUUGACUUCUGUAAAAUUAUAAUUAUUCCAUAUCUGUAAAUGUUCUAUUUUUCUCAAAUUUGCUAGAUUAAGCAAGCCUUCAUCAGUAAGCGAUUCACAUCGAAUUAUCGCUAAAUCUUUCAAUGAUGGACAUUUUGAUAACAAAUUCAAACUUUUGUCAUUAACAGCGUCGCCUCCAUAUAUAUGCAAUGUUUCUAAAAUAUUCUGGUGUGAUAAAAUCAAUUCAGUGACAAACUCUAUGUUUAGAUUCUUGAUUUUCUCAAUAAGUAUGUGAGUAAGAUUUGUGCAGUUUAAAAGACUAUUGCAAUUUACAGACGAUAGUCCAAAAUCUGAUAAUGCCAAAUAGUGGAGCUCCUCGAAGUGAUCAUAUUGUACGAAUACAUCUUCAUUGCUCACAAGAAUUAUAGAAUUCUUUAAAUUCAAUUUCUUUAGAUGUGGCCAUCUUUUAAUGUCGUCUUCAAAUUCCUUUCCAAUCCUACACAUCACUAAUUCUAGAGAUAUCAAAUGAUCACAUUUGUCUAUCACAGAUUUGAUGAAUGGAUAACUGUAAACAUAUUGUAAUUUCAAAUUAUAAAUAUACUGGCUGUGUGUCAUUAUGAUGUCGAGGUUCUUUUUGCUUACUUCACUUUGGCCUGGCUUUCCAGAGUAAACAAUGUGUAUUUGUCUCCAUAUUGAUGUGUCUCGCACUAAACUUCUCCAUCGAAAGCACACAUCUUCACAAGUUAGAAGAGACUCCAUAGGUAAAUAUUUAAAAAUGUGUAUCAAAAUUUCAUCAGGUAAACAAUUGACACUGUCGGUAAUACCAUCAUCCUCUUCAAAUGCAGUCAUUCUUAUUUAUUGUUAAGGUUUCACUGUUCAGCGCCUUUGCGUAGCUAGUGGACGUUAGAAAAAUCCAAAUUCAUUGAAAAUGAAAUAUCUAAUUUUAGCUACCAACUGUCAACUAAAACGCAGUGUUUAAAUCCCUUCGGAUCAAACAAAAGACUGCCUGUACAAGUUUAUAGUCAUUAUUGUAGUAGCGAAAUGUUUUUGUUUACUUACCUUUAUUUUUAGCAGAUACAAACAAUGAAAAAUUUAUAAAUUUGUAGCUCCCCCUCCCAAUUCAUUGACAGUUGAGUACACAGAUUAAGGAUGUAAUUGAGUAGGCAGGUAGAUAAUGCGCAUGUCUACCAUAGAUGGCUAUUAAACAAUAUGGCAACACUGUAUGCCGAAAUGUACCAUUAGGUUUGCGCAAAAUUCUUCACUUGUGCAAGUCUAAAUUUGAGAUAAGUGCAGAGAUGUGCAAAAUAAAUUAUAAAAUGUAUUUAAAUACAAAAUGUUAAUAAGUAUUUUUUUUAUUUUAAAUACAAAAUAUUUUUUCAUUUCAUAUUUAAAAUACUAAAUAUAAAACUAUUUUUUCAAAAUACUAUAACAAAAUAAAAUACCUUUGGUUUUAAAUUGAGUUUAUUAUAUUGGUGUUUCUUUAUAUAAGUGGUCAGAAAACAAAACAGUUCAGUUCAGUGCUGCCCUUAGAGCAUAUACAGUUUGUCUAUAAAGUCGU